GCCGGUACGUCGUCUCGCUCCCGUCGGGAUCCGUAGAGUUUCGUUGUCUUUGCCGUUCAGGCCAGCUUCAGCGUUGGUGAAGAGAGGGCAGCUUUCCUUACCCCGCACUCCACACCGCAUCCUAGGCACAUUUCGAGCAUGACUGAGUUGGCAGGCUUGUCCAUCGCUAUCUUUGAUCAGCUGUUGAAGCUGGGAGAGAAGACGGCUCAAAUAAUAUCCGAUGCCCGGUCUUUCAACGACGACACCGAGCAGUACUACAACAAAAUUGUAGACGAGAACAAUCGAACAAAGCAGCUGCGCCAUAUCCUGUUCGAGCCAAGCCCAAUAUACGGCGGCCUCACCCUGUUCGAGAACUUCGACGAUGACGUCCAGCAACAAAUCAAAGUCUUCCUGGGCCGCCUGGUGCACAUGCUCAAGGAGGCCCUGGAUCUACUAGAAAGCAGAUAUGGGAACAACGAAGCCGCGAAGAAGCCGUCAAUGACGACCUCCCUAUCGUCGCUGUCCCUGACCAGCAGCCGAAGCUCGCAGGAAGCACGCAGUCCAUCUCCGAGGUCCUGGAAGCAUUACUCUCGACAAUCCAUCAGCCUUCUAAAGUGGUCUCUCCAAGACAAGAAACGCACCGAAGAGGUGCUGAAGGACUUCUCAGAUCUCAACGGGCGCAUCCACGAGAACAUCAAGCUAUGGUGCCUCGCAUCCUCCAUCGGUCUGAACAUGCAGCAUCUGAAACGCCUUCAGAACGAUGAGAACGCAAAACAGCUGGGCUUCGACAUCGACGCGACUCUUCAGAUCACCGCAACCGAGGUCGGCCGGAUGGACUUUUCCUUCGAACUCAGCUCGGCAUGGCUCGAAUGCCUCCGAAGAGCGACGCCCGUGGAAGAGCGGUUCGCCUUGGUGCAGGAAGACGGAAAGACCUUCCUCAUGGAGCAUCGACGCUACGACGGACAGCCAGACGUAGCGGGCGAGAUUGACUCCAGAACGAGGAUCCGCAUCAACGAUCUAGCGGGUUUACUAUCCCAGCCGAAAGAGAAGGUUUUCUGCAUCCCACGGUGCGUUGGAUGGAAAUACGUUCAGAGCCAAAGUGAUAUCGCGUUCCUUUUCGAGACCCCCCAGGGCUGCAUACCGGAACCCGUCAGCCUUUAUCGUUUGUUGGAUAUGAAGACCGUCAAGUUGACGCUAGGUCAGCGGUUCAAGCUGGCAUCCGCACUUGCGAAGUGCAUAACGCAGCUUCAGAUGGUGAAAUGGGUCCACGAAUCCUUCCGAAGCGAGAACAUAUUAUUCUUCCCAUCAGCCUCCAAGAAGUGUAUAGGCUCAGAUAGUGACGAACCGUGCAUCGAUUAUGGAGACCCUUGUGUGCUUGGCUUCGAGUUCACCCGCCCCGAGAUCGACUUUUCAGCCGGCUUUGCGGACCUGUCCUUGGAACGAGACGUGUACCGCCACCCAGAGCGGCAGGGGCGGCCAGGCCGCAUGUUCACCAAAAUCCACGAUGUAUACGCUUUAGGCGUCGUCUUGCUGGAAAUCGGCCUCUGGCAGCGUGCUAUAACCUUAGAGAAAAAUCAGUUCCGCACCGCGCGCGAUCCUUUCGUCAUCCAAGCACAGCUGCUCAAGCAAGCACAGCGCCGAUUGGGCGACAAGAUGGGCGAGAAGUACCAGCAAGUCGUCAUAGCGUGCCUCACUGGCGAGUUCGGGGUGCAGAACGACACGAGGGAAGAUCUGAAGUUGCAGCAGGCGUUCCGCACACAGGUUGUCGACGUUUUGGAGAGGGCUUCGUCAUGCUUAUGAUGGCAUUCUGCAUUCAACGUAUACAUAUUGGCGUUCUACACCCCCCAUAAAACGGCAUACCUGUGUGGCUUCAAAGAGAAGGUGCUCAUGUUUC